GGCUGGCUAAACAGGUUUGAAGUCCAGGAAAAGGAAAGAAGCCUCAAACAGCGAUCAAACCCCAGGACAGCCAUCCGCAAAACAGCUCCGUUUCCACAUGGCCCGGCUCAGCCCAGCCUGCUCUCCAAGUAGAGAACAGCGGCUACAACCAUGACAAAGGGACAGGGGUAAAUAGGGGAUACGUUCUAUUGCAGGUACCACUCUGCAAAAUCAGCCUCCUUCAGGAAGGGUCUGCCCCCAACUGGAACAUACUGGAAGACCCAAAAUGGCUGCUGCAGGCCCCAUGGCUUGCACAGAGAACAUGGCUCUGGUGGAGCUGACAAAGGAGGCUCUGGAGUUCCCGGUGCAGCAGGUGACCUGUGGUGGCUUCCAAGACAAGAAGCCAGAAGACCCCGAUGCUACGCUGCUAUGGGACCAGUCCCGGCACUCGUCCAUGAGCGAGGGGGCUACGGAGCUUACGGCCCCACUUCGCAAGGCAGAUGAGAAGAGGCUGAGUCCUGAGGGGAGCUAUGUGGGCUUGGAGUUGGGGCCUACUGGAGAAGAGGAGGUUUUCCCUGGCACUUUCCCUCUGGAGGAGGAGAAGGAGGAGGAGGAGGAGGAGGAAGAGGAAGGCAACAGUAUGCCUGAAGUGGCUGCCCAUGUUUUCAUCCCUAUCGAUCUCCACUGUAUUGAGAAGCCAGCCAUAUGCCAGGACUCAGCAGGGAGCAGCGACUGCUGGAGGAGGAAGAGGCCAUCAUGCGCUCCAGCGGGCUAUGACGGCGGCCAGGCUGUGGCCUCAAUGAUCGGGGCCAUGAUCAUCUUCCCCUGCUUUGUGUACGGGGCCUAUAUCUUCCUGCCCUUCGAUGCCCCCAUGAUGCCAACCAUGAGCGCCCGGCUGGUCUACACCCUUCGCUGCGGAGUGUUCGCCACCUUCCCCAUCAUCCUAGACAAGAAGCCAGAAGACCCCGAUGCUACGCUGCUAUGGGACCAGUCCCGGCACUCGUCCAUGAGCGAGGGGGCUACGGAGCUUACGGCCCCACUUCGCAAGGCAGAUGAGAAGAGGCUGAGUCCUGAGGGGAGCUAUGUGGGCUUGGAGUUGGGGCCUACUGGAGAAGAGGAGGUUUUCCCUGGCACUUUCCCUCUGGAGGAGGAGAAGGAGGAGGAGGAGGAGGAGGAAGAGGAAGGCAACAGUAUGCCUGAAGUGGCUGGGCAGUGCCCCCGGGGCCAGGACUGCAGCUCCGCCAACCUCAAGGCUGUGGCCUCAAUGAUCGGGGCCAUGAUCAUCUUCCCCUGCUUUGUGUACGGGGCCUAUAUCUUCCUGCCCUUCGAUGCCCCCAUGAUGCCAACCAUGAGCGCCCGGCUGGUCUACACCCUUCGCUGCGGAGUGUUCGCCACCUUCCCCAUCAUCCUAGGUCUGAUCGUGUACGGGAUCUCUCGCCUCUGCUUCUCCUCGGUGCAGCCCUUCGGAGAGCUGCGCCGGGAGGUGGAAAUCCACCGGCGCUACGUCUCCCAGUCCAUCUACCUCUUCAUCCUCUACUUCUUCAACAUCGCCGUGCUGGCCACCUACCUGCCACAGGAAGCCCUGAAGCUCAUCCCAUUGCUCACGGGACUGUUCGCCAUCUCCCGGCUACUGUACUGGCUGGCCUAUGCCAUGGGUCGCUCUUUCCGUGGUUUUGGCUUCGGCCUGACCUUCCUGCCCCUGCUGACCAUGCUCCUGUGGAACCUCUACAGCAUGUUCAUUGUGGCGCCCGAGAACAUGUUUGCCACAGCCAACGGCAGGCAGGACGCCCCGUCGGAGCAGCAGAACCAGGCUGCGGCGCCCAAGCCGAGAUACUGGGGGUAAAGGACGGGACAAGGAGCUCUGGUGCUCGGAAGCAGGGAGGUGGGUGUGUUGGCGAUGAACAGAGCCGGAUGGGGAGCUUGGCUGGGGCACCCACAUUUCAGUGCCCCCAUGCCCAUUGCUGCAGUGCCCAAGGGUCAGUUUCCAGAAGCGCUGGGCAACCCCAGCUCCCGCGCCACCUGGUGCAGACUCUGAAUCCAGCUCUAAGCACUGAAGUGA